UAUAUUCUCUCUCUUUAUGAUUUUCUCUCAGAACAAAAAAAAAACACAUCGAAAAUAAAAUUUCCUUCUUCUUUAUUUUCUCUGCUCGCUUACUCUGUUAAAGUCUUCACCAAUUCAACCAUGAAACUCAAGCUUUAAGGUUUUAUCUGCCACCGUGGGUUUUCACGUUCAAGUUCUUCUUCUCGGGAGCCGAUUGAUUGUGUCUGUUUAGAUAGCAACAUGGAAGACACUCAAGAUGAAAAAGCUGAGGAGUCACUAUCUCCUUGUUCAUCUGAAAUGGAAGAUACUUUUAGAGAUCCCGAGGUGCUUCCUCGAAUUGGACAUGAGUUCCAGGCAGAAAUUCCUCAUUUGAUUUCACUUCAUGAUCGUUUACAGCUUAUAACUACACCGAAACUCACAGAAUUCACGGAUAAUAUUCAUGAGCUUUCUCCGCUUGGAUUACCUGUUCCAAUCACAUGGUCAGAAACUGGAGUUGAGAACAUUAAUGGGAUUGUAGAAAUUCAGGACAGUGAAGAGAGUCAGAUUACUUAUAACAAUGAACAUUUAGAACUUAAUGGAGGAGUUCACUCAAACAUACUGGAAAAUGGAAGUUAUAAGAUGGAUUCUGAUAUAGUCUUGCCCCAGCAAUCUGAAAGUAAAAUGAAUAUUGUAAAAAGAAGUUUACGUGCUCUUCCUGAUUCUUUGGGGGGAUCAUGGACAAAUGCUGAACGUGAUAGUUUUCUACUUGGCCUAUACAUCUUUGGAAAGAAUCUUAUUGCUGUGAAGAAGUUUGUUGAGACUAAAAAUAUGGGGGAUAUAUUGUCUUUCUACUAUGGAAUGUUUUACAGGUCUGCUGAAUAUUGCAGAUGGUCAGAUUGCCUGGAACAAAGAAGUAGACGAAGCAUCCAUGGACAAAAAAUAUUUACGGGGUGGAGGCAACAAGAACUAAUGUCACGAUUAUCUUCUCAAGUUUCACCAGAAUGUCAGAGUUUAUUGCUUGAGUUAGAGCGAGGCUUGUUGGCAAUGAGGAACUGGGAAGGUACAAGAAAAAUCAAGGCGUUUAGGACAUUUGCAGAGGGGAGAAUUUCAUUUGAAGAGUAUGUUUUCGCUUUAAGAAAUACAGUCGGCAUCAAUAUGCUAACACAAGCUGUGUCCAUUGGCAAAGGAAAGGAUGACCUCACUGGUACUGCCAUGGAACCAGUAAAGGCCGCGAAUCAUACAAUUUUGACUCGCCCUGAAAUACCAGUUGGCAAGGCAUGGUCCUCUCUUACUUCUGCAGACAUCGUCAAGUUUCUAACAGGGGAUAUUAGGUUAAGCAAAGCUCGAUCUAAUGAUCUCUUCUGGGAAGCUGUUUGGCCCCGACUUUUAGCAAGAGGAUGGCACUCCGAACAACCAAGGGAUAAUGGAACUUCUUGUUACAAGAAUUCUUUGGUGUUUCUCAUUCCCGGUGUUAAAAAAUUUUCACGGAGAAGACUUGUCAAAGGUAACCACUAUUUUGAUUCUGUUAGUGAUGUCUUGAGUAAAGUUGCGUCAGAACCAGGACUACUCAAGCUUGAUGUUGAAACUCUCAUAAGCACCCAACAUAAGGAAGAAGGUGGAGAGGAUCCACUUCUAAAAGCGGACCAAGACGGCCUGUUAAAAAAGCAGCACCAUUGUUACCUCCAGCCUCGUAAUUUAGAUUAUAAUCGAAAACUACCAAAAUUUACCGUUGUGGAUACCAGUUUAGCUUAUGGAGCAGAAAGACCAAAGGUGAGGGAGCUUAGAAGUUUACCUGCUGAAACUGCCAGUUUAUCUACAUUCUCUAGCCUUUCUAGUGAAACUGAUGAAGAUUCAUCUGAUGAUUCACAAGAAAAUAUAGCAGAAACUAACACCUCAAAUCGAAAAGAGGAUGUGACUGAAAGGAGAGAUUGUGCGGACUCAUUAGACCUGGAAAAUAGACCUUUAAGCACUGCCGUGCAUAACCUCUCUGAUCCAUUUUCAGCGGAGGGAAGUCAUGAAAUCAACAAGGACAUAAAGAAGGUCGCGAAGCAUCGAGUAAUCCGGAAGCCAAAAUCUAGUUGCUCUAAGUAUAUGGUUCCUAUAGCUAAGCCACUGGGUAAGAUUGCUUGUGACCGUGGAGAAUCAAGCUGUAGCAUUAAACUCGAGUCUGCUGACAGGAAGUUGACCCAAUAUGAGUCCCACUACAUGUCUAACUCGUCCGAUGCAUGCGGGGGGAUGGUUUUUCAAGUCUGCCAGAAUCAGCAUUUGUCAUCUGCUAGUUCGUUGGUAAAAGAUAGUCCAGCUGGAAGCUAUGAAGGAGCUGUUAACGAGCCCCAGUUCCCUAAAUUGUUCGACUUGAACAUGCCUUCAGAUUCACCAGAUUUUGCAGUCGAUGAACAUAGCAUGACAACGACGGGCAUGGAGCAAAACAAUGAGUAUUCAAGUGUAAACAAUUCGUCAUUUCUAUCUAGAUCAGACGAGCAACACGAGUCAUGUAAGUUUCCUGAUGCUGAGGUUUGUACCGAGCAACAGCCUGUCAUGAACAACCGAAGGCAAAGUACGAGGAAUCGUCCAUUGACCACAAAGGCAUUGGAAGCCUUAGAAAUGGGAUUUUUGACCUUACCAAAGAAGAGAAAAGGUGUCGAUUUUUCGGAAAAUUACUCCAUAUCUAGGCCGUCUCCACGAGCUCGUAGACGGACUACCCCCAAAGCUACCUCCAUGGACAUUGCUCCAAAUGAUGCCGCAGAGUCUAUAACUGUGUCAUCAAAUGGUUUCCAUGAUAAUAACAACGGCAUUGUCGGCGAGUUCUAGGGUUUACUGAGAUCUAAAAGUUUCAAAUACUUCCCAUAAAAAGAGCAACCAGUUGGGGACAGAAGCAGCUGAAUUGAUGUCAAUGAGAGGCUCACAUCAACAAGCUUGGUGGAGAAAUAUAAAAUUUGUGGUUUCAUCCUGAUCGUAUAUACAGCUAAAACAUCCAUAUAAUUCCAACUAUUUUAAUUCUUACAAUUUAAAUUUAACCUAAUAAUGCUUAGGUUCAUCUAGUUACUUGUUUAGGUUUUGUUUUUGCAAUUUUUAUACAUAGAUUCAGGUCUUUAUUUUGUCGGAAGAUAUUGAAAAUAUUGAACUUUUUAUUUUGCUUGCAA